AUGGCCAAUUCUUUAAGAUAUGAAGUGCUGAAUCUUUACAAAAAUCUACUGUAUCUCGGAAAGGAAUACCCCAAAGGGGCCAGCUACUUUCGGUCCCGACUGAAGACAGCUUUCUUAAAAAACAAGGAUGUGAAGGACCCUGAAAAAAUCAAAGAACUCAUUGCCAGAGGGGAGUUUGUAAUGAAAGAGCUGGAGGCUUUAUACUUCCUCAGAAAAUACCGAGCUCUGAAACAGCGUUACUAUGAAGACGAUGACAAGUGAUCUAUAGUGCAGUCUGAAAUGUUUGCACAGGUGAUAGGUAAAGUGUGGGUGACUAAUCUACAAUAAAAAAAACUUGCUUAUUGAAUGAAA